CGACCCCGGUCGUGUGCGGCCGUGGGGGCGGAGCGGCGCAAGCGCCCUGCGAGAUUUAGGACCUGGAGCGUAAACAAGAGACGGGAAGGGAUGAGGCGACGGCAGAAGUUGGAGCAGCGAGCGGCGGUGGUGGCGAAGGCGGCAGUAGGAGCAGCAGCAACAACCACAGCAGCUGGAGGACCCACGACGGAGGAGACGACGGCGGCGGAGAGCGGGACCCGGAGCCGACCCUGACUCCCUCGUCUCUCCCGGCCCGGGAGGUAGAGCGCCCGAGCCCAGGCCCCCCCUCUCAGCCAUGAACCUGGCCAGUCAGAGCGGGGAGGCCGGCUCCAGCCAGCUGCUCUUCGCCAACUUCAACCAGGACAACACGUCCUUAGCUGUUGGUAGUAAAUCUGGUUACAAAUUCUUCUCCCUUUCCUCUGUGGAUAAGCUGGAACAGAUUUAUGAAUGUACUGACACAGAAGAUGUAUGUAUUGUGGAAAGAUUGUUUUCAAGUAGUCUGGUGGCCAUUGUUAGUCUCAAAGCUCCACGGAAGCUAAAAGUCUGCCACUUUAAGAAGGGGGCCGAAAUAUGCAAUUAUAGCUAUCCUAAUACCAUAUUGGCAGUCAAAUUGAAUAGGCAGAGGUUGAUAGUAUGCCUAGAAGAAUGUCUGUACAUACACAAUAUUCGUGAUAUGAAGGUACUGCAUACAAUCAGGGAAACUCCCCCUAACCCUGCAGGUUUGUGUGCGCUGUCAAUAAACAAUGACAAUUGUUAUCUGGCUUAUCCUGGGAGUGCAACUAUUGGGGAAGUACAAGUCUUUGACACCAUUAAUUUGAGAGCCGCUAAUAUGAUACCAGCUCAUGAUAGUCCCCUAGCAGCUUUGGCUUUUGAUGCAAGUGGUACAAAACUUGCCACAGCUUCUGAAAAGGGAACUGUGAUUAGGGUAUUUUCCAUCCCAGAAGGACAGAAAAUCUUCGAGUUCCGGAGAGGAGUAAAGAGGUGUGUCAGCAUCUGCUCUUUGGCCUUCAGUAUGGAUGGAAUGUUCCUCUCUGCAUCCAGUAACACUGAAACGGUGCACAUCUUCAAACUUGAGACUGUGAAAGAGAAACCUCAGGAGGAACCCACUACCUGGACUGGUUACUUUGGAAAAGUGCUUAUGGCCUCUACCAGUUAUUUGCCCUCUCAAGUUACAGAAAUGUUUAACCAAGGUAGAGCAUUUGCUACUGUCCGACUACCAUUCUGCGGUCACAAAAAUAUCUGUUCACUUGCCACAAUUCAGAAGAUUCCCCGAUUACUAGUGGGAGCUUCAGAUGGAUACUUAUAUAUGUACAACUUGGAUCCUCAGGAAGGAGGGGAGUGCACUCUAAUGAAACAACACAAGUUGGAUGGAAGUAUGGAGCCAGCCAAUGAAAUCUUAGAAUCUGCAUCUCAUGACCGUCCAUUAGUAGCUCAGACCUAUAGUGCUGCUGUGACAAGAGGUGCUUAUGUACCUUCCUCACCUACGAGACAUGCAUACACAGAGGACCUGGGUGCAGUGGGUGGUGCUUCUCUGGAAGAUGAAACCAAUGCACUACGAUUGGAUGAAGACAGUGAGCAUCCUCCCAUGAUUCUUCGGACUGACUGAACUUUAACCUGUGAACUCUAACCCCUUGAAGCAGAGAACACUGGCUUGAUACUUCUUUUGAGGACUCUGUGUUAAGCUGCUAUGAACUUUGACGUGAUUUGGGGAGACAGGAUGGCAGACACAUUAAGUUGUAGCCGUAGACUAAUUCUAUACUAUUGAGAAAAUAUAUUGUUUUCAACUCUGUGGCUUUUAAUCUUAUCUAUUUUAGCUUUCUUGGUUGGUGGUUUUUUUUUCCAUUUAUUUGCCAAAAUCAGCUCUUUGGUGAACCCAUAGAACCUCCUCGCUUUGCAUGCAUUCAUGUGCCAAGCUAGCAUACGAGAAAGCGAAGCCACUUUAUAACAAACUAAAGUUUGUAUUUCUUUUUAUACAUGUAUAUAAUAGUAAGUAUAUAUAAAGAAAGUGUGAAGACAUGAUUCUUAAUGCUGAGGUUGGUUCUGCACUGACAAAGUUCCAGAAAGUUUCUUAUGCAUGGGCUUGUCGGUGUGCUCUAGUGACUGACGUGUGACCUUUUGACACUCUUCAGUUCCCCACCCCUGGACCAUUUUUUAAAAAUAUAUAUAUUUUAUUUUAUUUUUCGUUAAUUAAAUUCCUCCUGAAUGUUGCUCAUUUGUGGGACUUCUUCUGUGGUGGACUUUUCUUUUGUGGGAGUUGGACAAGGGAGGUCUGUUUUCAGAUUAAAAGCCAACUCCUUCACCUCAGCACAUGAAGUAGAAAAGUACUUAAACAUCUAGAGAAUAAGAUACAUGUGGAGUUAGAACAUCUGUUCCUUAUUUUAGAUUUUAGUUUUUGGUUUUUUUUUUUAAUCAGUGUGCUGACAUUAAGAAGAGUGCCUAUCAACUUAGUUUUCCCAGGAAAGCACAAAAAACUUAAGUUGAAUUUGUAGCUAAUCUGUAUUCUGAUGGUAACUUCACCCUUUACAUUUUGUAAGGGGAUCUUUAUGAGAAUUCUUGAGGCACAAAAAUAUGAGAAGAAACUGGAUAUAAAAAUACCUACUCAGCUAGGUUAUGUUCUGUGUACCUUUGUGUCCUCCUUUCUUGAUGUAUUUAGCAAACUGUGAUUCUAAAUGUCUUUACUUUCCCUCUUCCUUUUUUUUUUUUUAAUGGGAGAUACAGGCUAAAGCAUCCUGAAUUACCUCAAACUCUGCAUUCCAAAAUAAGACACAAACCAGUUAGUUUAUUUUGUGAUAGAAAGUAAUGAUUUGAAAGAUAUAAAUCUAACUCGGGGCAGGGCUUAAAUUUUGGUAAAUAGAAGCAAGAAAAAUGUUGCUUAAACUAGUAUUUUUGGUUUCACAGCUGAGUUUUGAAUAACAGGCAGGAAUGAAGGAGAGUUUUUCAGAUUUGUUCUUUGUGUCUUGGUCACUGGCUAAAUUAAACUAUCUAUGAAAGGAAAGUUAAUUUACAGAUGGUAACCAAAGUUACCGUCAGUAAAACAAAUCUCUAAGGCAAAAUAUGGCUGCAUGUGAUCUCCUAUCUCUUCAGACAGCUUCUACAAGCUGGUAAAGAUAAGGAGACAAAUGGUAUAGGUCUGGUAAGCAUCUAAAUGAACCAAGUGGUUUUUUAAAAAUGAGGACUGCCGUAUCUCCCUUUAAAAACUUUUGUUGUAUUCACUGGAGCCUUGCUAUACAGGGAUUCCUAGGAACAAUGUGGAGUCAUUGAGGUAUCUCUGGGAGGAGUUGAAAUAGAAAUGCUGGCAGAAUUUUAGUUUUGUCAUAGUCCUUUGUAGCAUGGCCCUUUCUACUUUUGUAUUUUUGUAGAUUCCAUUGUCCGUAGCUCAAGUUAUCGAAAAGCCUUAAGUUUUCUGUUUUAGUUCUCUCCACUAGGGUAUAGCCUAGCAUUGGUUUUCACGUCUAGGUUUUGCCAUUCAAAAGAGUGAGAAGUGCUCCCCUUAACAGUUCAAAACCUCACUUUUAUGAAUAAAAAAUAACUUUUUUUUAAUGAAGGAGCUGCUUUUUCCUGUCCUUUGAGAGGUCAUUGACAUUAUUUUGGGAGCAUGCCUGUCUAUUUAUUUAUUUUGGUUUGAAGGGCUGAAUUUGCUUUCAUAAUAAGGCAGAUAGUUACCUGGGGCAAAAGAUAACACAUUUGCAUUUUUCUUCUAUAAUUAUUAGUGCCAAAAGUGUUUUUGAAAGAUGUGACUGGCAGAGAAUGGAAGUUUAAAAUAAGUAAAAGCUACUUUUAUUAGAAAAUAAUUGACUGUUUAAAGUUUUAAAGUACCUCAAAUAGAGGUAAGCAUUUCUCAUUGAGAGCCUACUUUAUUGGUGAACUUCUGUCUACUCUUUUAGCCAAUCUUUUCACUGCCUCAUUAUUAGUACCUCUUCCAUUUGGGGAUGGAAAGAGAAAGGAAAUAACUUAAUCUAAUUUAAUAUCUACUAUUAAAUAUUAGUAGUAUUGGUAGGGAUUGUUAGUGCCUCCAGCAAGUGCCACAGGUUAUCUUUGUAUUAGAUGUACUGAUAUAGCAGAGAUGUAUGGGACUAAAAAUUAGAAUAUACCUUGGCCUAGUUCUACAUAUCCUAUUAAUUUGCUGAACUCAGUCCCAUUUUUUGUUAAACCAAAUUUUGUUGUUUUCCUUAUAUAUAUAUUUUUUUUAAAGAGAGAAAGAAAGCCUAGUGAACUAGUUUGUCAGGAUCAACUAUUGAAUAAAAACUUAAAAAUAAAAAAACCACUGCAACUCACCUGAUGGUUGAUUCAGUUCUAGUCCUUGGAUACAAGGCUUUGUAGAAAACCACUACUAGCCACGAUUAGUGUCUCGAAUUACAUAUGGAUUUCAUGUGCAUGCUAUUUUUAUUCAGCUCAUUAUUUCUGGUACUAACUGCAUACAGUCCAGCCCUGGUUUGUGGUAAAGUUGAAGGCUAGUUUUAUAGCCUAUCUUGGCACUGAUUCUUCAGCAUUCAUAAGCCAAACAGACUCUAAUGGUAUUUGAAUUACUUUUUCUUUCAGAGUGUGUCUUCUAGCCUCUCGUGUUAGCAUAUGGCCCCACUAAAAAUGAAAGCUCGGGGCGGCUAGGUGGCACAGUGGAUAAAGCACCGGCCCUGGAUUCAGUAGUACCUGAGUUCAAAUCCGGCCUCAGACACUUAACUUACUAGCUGUGUGACCCUGGGCAAGUCACUUAACCCCAAUUGCCUCACUUAAAAAAAAAAAAAUGAAAGCUCAUUUGUCAUAGUAUCUCUGUAUUAAUCAGAGACAGACCAUCAAACACCAAUUUUGGCUGUGAACUGGCCAUCUUGUUUCUCGUGUCCUGGUUAGGGAUUUCUAGUGACUCAAAUGUCUAGUGGACCAAGAUGCUACCUUGGUAUUUAUGUAUUCGGUUUCUGCUCCUCCCUGGCGCCAUGAGAAUUAUAUAUUGGCCAAAUUAUUAAUUGAACCUCUCCUAUCUUAGGUACCACUCAAGCUGUACUUACUCCCACUAAGUCUGGUUUCAUUUCACCUCUUUCCAGGAUAUCCCUGGGGCAAGAAAAAGUCAGGAGCUGCCCCACCAAUUGUGAUUUUGAGUGAUUUCAAAAGUAAUGGAGGGAACAACUGAAACUUCUGGAUGCUUCCUUUCUACUAUUGACCUUUUUUGUUUCCCUUGCAGCCCCUACACAGCCUCUUUUCUUUUCACAGCAUCUCUUCUUCCCCAUAACUACAUGCAGUGUCACACACAACAAAUAAGACUUGUAAAACUGUCAUGGAAUGAUAAGAGAUUUUUAAAAUGUAAUGUUGACUCUCAGACAAAGGGGCUAAUUAUAGAUAAUUGCAUAAGGAAAGUUGAGAUCCUACAGAUGAUAGUGACCGGAACAAUCAAACUGAGUUGGAAAUUUUUUUGUAUUCAAUUCCUUUUAUAUUUUAUAUUUUCUUGACUUUCAUAAGUUGGCACAAGUUACAUGAAGCAUGACUUUAUAAUAGGUAUAGAUAAGUAUCUCUUGCAUGCUGAAUGACUGAGUUACUUAAUUGAAAAGAAUAGUUGAUAGUUUUGUGCUUGAGCAACUAAAAAUCCAAAUAAUUUUACAAGUGUACUUAAUAAUUAUCAAAACCAAAAAGGAUGCAGUUAGGCGAAAGCUUUUGUCUUUUGUUCUAUGGUUCCCAGAGUUGAGAGCUAAUAGCUUUUUCUUCUUGACAUAAGAGGAUAGCACACUUGAGCUAUUGGUGCAAUUUUGGUAGAAUACAUUAUCUAGAACUCUGGUUCUUUGUGUGUGCAUAAUUUAUUUCAGGUUGAAAUUACACAUUUGGAGGCAUUUAUCAAGAAGCCAGAUUUUUCAUGUGUAAAUUUUAUUUCUCACCUGACCAGGGUCAUAAUGUAGAAAUAACUUUGGUCCAUAUUGGAUCUCUUUUCCCCUCUCAAUACUUUGUUCACAUUGUCUUAAGAUUCUGCAAGUUUCAGGUAAAAUUCCUGAAAUUGCUUUGAAUAGACAUGACUUUUUCUCCUUUUUUCAUCCUUUAUCAAUGAUGGACUAGGGAAGAAUUUGACUUUGAAAAGUCAAACCUUAUUAAAGCUUAAAAUUUGAUAGAGCCUUUCAUUGUCCCACCUCCAUAUUGUCUGGUGCGUUUUUUUUUCUUUAAUUUAAAUUUUUUCCUUUUCCCACUUCGUUUUCGGAUGAAGCUAUAGCAUGUGUUGCUAAUGUUUGUCUUGUAUGUGUGUAUAGAGUGUAAAAGUAUGCUUACAAAUUACAUUCCACCCCAUGAACUGUCCGGAUUUGAUCAAAAGUCCCUUGCUGUUAGAAUUCUAUAACUACAUAAGACAUUAAACCUGUGUUGUUAUACA